AAAAAAAAUCUUGGACAACACAAAAAUUAUUGAAGAAAAAAUUUAUUUUUCAAUUUAUUACAAAUAUUAAAAUACUCAAAUUUGAAUUAAAAAAGUAAACAAAUAAAUUAAAAAAAAUUGAUAAAAAAAAAUUUUUAUUGGAAAAAUAUUAUUUUUCUAAUUUACGUGGUUUAUUUUAUUUAGAAAUUCUUGUUUAUUUCAUGAGCACUCUAAGAAAUACGCACACUUUUACAAAAUUUUAGGCGGAAAUUUUUUUUUUUUAAAUGAUAAACAAUAAACGUGGAAAAUUUCUCUGUAAAUUCUAAAUUCAAUGGUGAUUCAUGUUGAUGAUAAAAAAAAUUGCUAGAGUGUGUGUGUGGUAGAAAAAAAACUCAAAUUUGUUUUGUAAAUAAAGAAAAGAGAAAAUUGUUGACGAUAAUUUGUUUAGCAACAUUUUAGUUUAGUUGUUCUUUAGUUCAUAAAGCUAUUCAAUUUUUACUGGAGAGCAAAUUAGAAAGUACAAAUUUCUUUUCAAUUCAAUUGAAACUCUUAACAAAAGACAUUUAGAACACAAAAACAUUGAGAAAAAAAAAUUUAAAAUUUUGAAAAUAAAUUGAAGUGGAAAAAUUCGCUCUUUCAUAAAAUAUUUUAUUAUUACCACGCUUUUUCAUAAGAAAUUUAAAUUACUGUGAAUAAAUUACAUCGGAAAACAAAUUUUAAUAAAUAAAUUCAAACAAAGGGGGAAAAAAACAAACUUUUUCACAAUGCCAGAAUUAUCACAAGAUGCCUUUGAAUGUUUAAAUCCUGGCAGUCCGCCAGCUACACCAGAACAAUUAAGAGCCCGCGCAAAUUCAAGUUCCAAUCGAACAGAAAUUUUAAUAACAUCAGAUGAAAGUACCUUACCUAUGCCAGCUAUUGCUACUACUUCUAACGGUAUUACAUUUGGUCAGCAACAAAAACAACAACAAUCAAAGCAAAAUCAUAACAAAUUAAAUUUAUAUUUUCAAAAUGGUAGUGGUGGCCAUAAUUAUUUUACUUGUUAUAAUGGUGUUAACAACAACGGCAUUUACAAUUCAAAUGGAAAUUCAUCAAAUUUAAAUGGAAAUUUCCUUUUUGUUAACGGAUUCAAUGGUAAUCUUAAUGAAUUUCAAGAUGAAAUGCGUUCUCGUUCAUUUACAUUUGGUGAAACAGAAUUAGAUAUGUCAUUUUUGCAUGGUGAUAAAAUGGAACAUAAACGUGAAUCACAGCACAGGAUAUUCGUUAAUAGAUCCUUACAUUUAGAAAAUAUUAAAUUCUAUGGAUUCGAUAUGGAUUAUACAUUGGCUGAAUAUAAGUCGCCACAAUACGAACAAAUGGGCUUUGAUUUAGUUAAAGAACGUUUAGUUGCUAUGGGUUAUCCAAAAGAAAUAUUACAAUUUGAAUAUGAUCCAUCAUUUCCAGUUCGUGGCUUAUGGUUUGACACACUGUAUGGUAAUUUAUUAAAAGUUGAUGCCUAUGGUAAUAUAUUGGUAUGUGUACAUGGAUUUGAAUUUCUUAAACAUUCCCAAGUUUAUGAACUUUAUCCGAAUAAAUUUUUAAAAUUGGAUGAAUCACGUGUCUAUGUUUUAAAUACACUUUUUAAUUUACCUGAAACAUAUUUGUUGGCAUGUUUAGUGGAUUUCUUUACAAACAGUAAAGAAUAUACUGGACGAGAACGUACUGGAGUUCGAUGUGGUGAAUUAUAUAUGUCUUUUAAGUCAAUAUUUCAAGAUGUUAGAAGAGCUGUUGAUUUUGUGCAUAUUCAAGGUGAUCUAAAAGCAAAAACAAUUGAGAAACUCGAUGAAUAUGUCAAAAAAGAUCCACGACUUCCAAUGGUAUUAUCACGUAUAAGAGAAUCUGGAGCAAAAACAUUUAUUUUAACAAAUAGUGAUUAUAUAUAUACCGAUACAAUAAUGUCAUUUUUAUUUGAUUUACCUGGAGAACCUGCACGUGAUUGGAAAUCAUAUUUUGAUAUUAUAGUUGUAGAUGCACGUAAACCAUUAUUUUUUGGUGAAGGUACAAUUUUAAGGCAAGUUAAUACUGAAACUGGAGCAUUAAAGAUUGGUACACAUGUUGGACCAUUACAACAAGGCCAGGUGUAUGCUGGUGGAUCUUGUGAUGUAUUUACAUCAUUAAUUAAUGCUAAAGGUAAAGAUGUUCUUUAUGUAGGUGAUCAUAUAUUUGGUGAUAUAUUAAAAUCAAAGAAAAUUCGAGGCUGGCGUACAUUUUUAAUUGUACCCGAAUUAGUACAAGAGUUACAUGUUUGGACAGAUAAAUGUCAAUUAUUUGCUGAAUUACAACAAUUAGAUGUCAGGCUAGGUGAUAUGUACAAAAAUUUAGAUUCAAGUGCAACAGAGAAACCUGAUAUUUCAAAAUUACGUUCAGCAAUACGAGAUGUAACACAUAAAAUGGAUUUAUCAUAUGGUAUGAUGGGUUCUCUAUUUCGUUCUGGUUCAAGGCAAACAUUCUUUUCAAGUCAAGUUGUCAGAUAUGCCGAUUUAUAUGCGGCCACAUUUUUAAAUUUAAUUUAUUAUCCGUUUUCAUAUAUGUUCCGUGCUCCAGCCAUGCUAUUACCGCAUGAAUCUACUGUAGCACAUGAACAAAGAUUUACAAUGGAAACACCACCAAUUCAAAGAACAAGGCCAAAAUUAAAUGGUAGUAUUAGUAGUACAUCAGCAACUGAUUUAGGUUCAACACACUUACAACAACAAAACAACGAGAAUUCAAUUGCUGCAGUAAAUAGUGUACAAAAUACUAAUAUUAAUAAGGAAAAUUGCAUUUCUGAAUCAGGAGCGUCAGCUAUAUGCACUGAUAAAGCAAUUAAUAACGAAAUUAUUGGAUCAACUGUAGUACCGCAUACAAGGCCAGCAACACCUCGUACUGUAACACAUAAUCACGAUGAAGAUUAUACUGAUGAUGAGAGUGAUCCUAAUAAUAAAACAGACGAAAAUGAGACUGAAACUGAUGAAAAUAAUUAAACAAAUAAAUUAUAGAAACGUAAUAAGAUUUUUAACACAAAAACCAAAUCCAAAGGACACAAUACUAAUACCCACAUUUUGAAAUGCAUUAAACAAAUCUAAAAAUUCAAAAUUAAUUAAAUAUGAAAUAAAAAGAACAUAAUUUAGUAGUAAAACAAUAACAAUUUCAGAAACAUAACAAUGAUAAUCCUACGGUGAUCUUAUAUUAUAAUCGAAGAAUUUAUAGAAUUAGUAAUAAAAAAAAAUAUAAAUAUUUUGAAUUGAUUAGAAAAUAUGAGUUAAUGAUCAGAAAAAAUACAAAAAAAAAUUGAAUAGCAUUUUAUGUAAUUUGGAAUAAACAAAAUUAAAAUAAGAACGCUUAUCUCAAAAACUUUCAUACCAAUUCGUUUAAUUGAUAACUUUUAAUUAUAGAACUAUGCUAAAAUAAGCUGUGCAAAAAUUCAAACAAUAAUAUUCUUUUGAUAAAUUCAUUUAAUCGCUGUUUUGAAAAAUCGAUUAUUACAAAAUUCUUAUAAAAUUAUUUUGUGAAGUGCUUUUUUUUCAGAUUUAGAAAAAAAUGUAGCAUAAUAAUUAAUAAAGAUUAUUUGUAAUUGAGAAAUUAAAGUAAUUGAGAAAAAAAGUAAUUGAGAAAUUUUUAAUAACAAUUGAAAAAUUAUUUUAACAAAUUUAUUAUUAUUACUAAAACUAAUUCAAAUCGUAAAAAAUAUUAUAUGAUUUAAAAUAUGAAAAUUAACUUUUGCAUUUGGAAUAAACAACUUUGAACAUAAAUCGUGUUUUGAAUUGAAAAUUAAAAAAAUUCUCUGACAAGAUAUUGUAAAUUGUCCUUCCAAUGUGCUAGAGUUCUUAAAUUGAUCUGAAUAUAAUAAUAAAAUAUUCGAAAUUACGUGCGUGCACUUUGUUUAUUUUGUGAUUUGAUUCCAUUCUCAUUGUGCUUCUGUACAAAGAUUUAGAGUAUAAG